AUGGCGAAGCCGUACUACCCCCCCCCUCCCGGGCAAGCGCCGGCGCCGACGUACGGCUACGCGCAACCGCAGCCGGUGAUGGCGCAGCCGGUGAUGCAGCAGCCCGCGAUGGUGAUGAUGCAGAACGCCGGGCUGGGCUUCUGGAAGGCGUCGCUGUGCGAGUGCCAGUCCGACUGCGGCCUGUGCAUGGCGUCGUGCUUCCUCCCGUGCUGCGUCCACGGCUCGAACGCGAACAUGCGCCGCGACGCGCGCUUCAUCGGCCCGAUGGAAGGCUGCAACGGCGAGUGCAUCUGCUACGCGAUCGGGUGCUACGCGCGGCCGCUCUACGCGAUCUGCGGCAUGAGCGGCCGCGGGAAUCACCGCGCGAAGUACAACAUCGCGGGCGGCUGCUGCGGCGACUGCUGCACGCACCUGUGCUGCUACUCCUGCGCGGUCGGGCAGGAGUACCUCGACCUGAAGAAGCGCCUGGAACCUCCGCAGCAGGGCAUGAUGGGCGGCGUGAUGAUGUCGCAGCCGGGCGCGGUCAUCAUGCGCUAAGCGCCGCGUCGCGGACGCGUCGAUCGACGAUCCGCACGAAACGACGGUUUGGGAACCCUCGGUUUUUUAUUCAGCAGAGUUGACUAAAAUAUGACUUGACGAGCGCUCGCGCGCCUCCUCGAGCAGUCGUGAUGACUAGUCAUGUAAUGUAUCAACUUUUAUAUUCUUCCAA